CUGCUCGGCGUUGCUGGAGUUUUGCCUUGAAGGAUUCAAUGCACAUCUGCACGUAGUAGCACACCACCACCGCAUCCUCCUCGAUACGCCGCCACAUCACACACAUCGAGGCGCGGCGCGGCGCUUCGAUUGUGCUUCUCGCCUCUCCUCCUCUUCACUUUCAUUAUUGACCCUCACAUCUCUCUUCCUCUUUAUUCUGUCAGCGGCACUAUUCGUCAGAAUCCAAUCUCGCUGGCACGCCUCGUCCGACUGUCGUGGUACUCUUCUUCGCUCCUUCAAUCCGAGGACCCCCGCCGGUUACCGUCCUGUGUGUGGUCCCGCGCAAGCAGAAUCCUACUGGAGCUUGUUAUCGCAACCUUGCGAUGAUGCGCGGCCGAGCGCCGGCGAGUUCGAGGUCGUCGCCCUCGAAUUCGGAAUCGAGGUAACAACAGCUCCAAACAUCUUCUGCUCUAUUACGAGAGCUACACCUCCCACGGCGCCCGCUCGCCCCGGACGAGGGCUGAGCACGUCAUCACUGGCCUGGUCAUGUUUCUGGAGUCGCGAGCCCUGUGGACCACGGCGCCCCCGGAGCCCAGAUCGCGAGCUGGUAACUGGCCGACAGUGUUGUUCUCAUGGUGGUGUACGUGCUUUGCGGCCGUGAUCAUUAUCACGAGAGUUUUGGGCCGCAAAGUUAGAAGCAGCAAACUCUUUCGGGAAGACUGGAUCAUGCUGGCUGCGAUUGUCCCACUAUUUAUCCGCAUGAUCCUGAUACACUUUGUCUUAAUCUACGGCACGAACAAUGUCGAUACCGUGGAAUACGAAUACUCGGCGCGACAAUUGUACCUUCGAAGCAUUGGGUCCAGACUAGUUCUACCCGCUCGGAUCUUCUACGCGGGCUUCAUCUGGAUGUCCAAGUAUACCGUUUCGGAGUUCCUGAAGCGCAUCACGGGGCGCAUCUGGCGAAAGCGAUACGAGUGGACAUUGCAAGGCAUUCGCAUUUUCCUCGUGCUGACCUUCGGUGCGGUCGUCAUUGCCACUCUGACCGAGUGCAUGCCAUUCAAUCAUUUCUGGCAAGUGGAACCAGACCCCGGGCCUCAAUGUCGGCAAGGCUUCGUUCAAUUGUUGGUCAUGGGAUGUUGUGACAUCGUAACAGACAUCCUCCUGGUGGCGUUUCCGAUUCCAGUCGUCCUUUCUUCGGGUCAGAAUUGGAAACGCAAGCUGCAGAUGGUACUGCUGUUCGCACUAUCCCUGAUCAUGAUAGGCAUCACGGCUACACGCAUGCCGAAGGUAAUCAGUCGCCAUGGACGACAACAAUAUCGUACAGUCUGGGCCUCUGGCGAAAUAUUGGCUUCCGCAUUCGUCUCGAAUGGAGUCAUUCUUGGCUCUUUUCUGCGUGACAAGGGCGAGAAGAAGAACAAAUUCAGAAAGUAUAGCGUAACGGAGAGUUUGGAAAGGUCAAACGCACGAAAGCCAACACUGUCGCGCAUUCGAACUCAAGACAGUGACGAAGACCUGUUCCUCGCGAUUGGGUGCAGACCACCGGAACAUUUGAGAUCGGGACAAGGCAGCUCAACUCGGCCUGCACCUCCUGCCCUCCCGGCGCAUAAAACUCACCUGACUUUUCAGCCGCGUGCUGAUACACCACUGGGAGACAUCAUCGACGGAGACGAAAGUGAUUUCGAGCCAUACGAGGACGUAUCGCCCACAACUCCGAGAGCUCCGAGAAUACCGCAGGUUCUACCAUCUCCGUCGAAUUCGACCACUGCAGGGUUUCAUGAUGUCGGGAACUUGCUUGAUAAUGGACGGACGUCAGAUUCGCUGCCGCGGUCUCGAAAGGCGAGCAACACCAGCUCAGCCGGGCCGGGCAUCAAUGCUUACGAUUUUGCGCAUGGCCGUUCGCCAUCACACAACAGGUCAGGAUCAGCCUUCCUGAGAAAUGUCGGUGGCCGAUUUCUUGUCCCGGAUUUCGUCCGUGAUCGAGGAGAAAGUAGCUCCGCAGCUGAGCAGCAGCGGAAUGCACAUCGAAUACGGCCUACUACUGCUCCCAUCGGAGUCCUCGGGCCCAUGCUCGAACGACAGGAAAGCAACGUAUCGUUGCAAGACGCUGGAGGACUGUUAAUGUCCAGUCCUUUCAGCAACCAUCAAGGUCGUGCCCAGCCAAGAUCCGAUUUCCCUGGCCGAGACAGCAAUCCAGCAUCGUCUUCAGGCCAGCACGAGGAAAUAGAGCUCGAAGAUAUCGGUGGCUUGUUAUCGGAUGAUAGGAUAGCGAGCGCGUCCGCCGCCCGGAGAGUUCUAGAGCGGCAAGACGUCUCAAAUGAAGCGACGACUACAGGAACGAGUUCGGCACAUCAACAGGACUUCGAUGAUCUGAUCUUGCACGACCCAGGUGGCUUGAUCAGGUAG